UAGUCCACAGUUUAAUAGAGUCGGUCUCCAUACGCCUUGUAAUAUCUGAGAUACAGAAUUAAAGCCUGAAAAUAUUAUUUUUCUCGAUAUUCAUAACUUUUUUUUUCCAUUUGGGAUUAAGAAGGCCAUGAAUUUCGAAUUGGAGCGAGAGAUAGGUUUUAUUAACAGCCAGCCUUCGCUCGCCGAAUGCCUGACGUCCUUCCCUGCUGUCGCUGAUACAUUUCAAAGUUCAUCAAUCAAGAACUCGACGCUUUCACACUCGACACUAAUUCCUCCUCCUUUUGAGCAGACUAUCCCGAGCUUGAAUCCCAGCAGCAACCAGCCGCGGCCAAGUCGCGAAAAGCGGCCUCCAAAUGGCCUAUUCCCAUCUGCUGCCGCGGCCGAGUUCCCGUGGAUGAAAGAGAAAAAGUCGAAAAAAAACAACGAGACACCUCUGUCAUUGUCAGCUCCGAUCCCUGGGUCCUCUCAGACAGCGGAGACUCCGACAGACGGCCAGUGUGAACAGGAAAACAGCAACAGCUCCCGGAGACUGAGGACAGCGUACACGAACACGCAGCUCUUGGAACUAGAAAAAGAAUUUCACUUCAACAAAUAUCUGUGCAGGCCACGCAGAGUGGAGAUCGCGGCCCUCCUCGACCUAACCGAGAGGCAAGUUAAAGUAUGGUUCCAGAACCGACGCAUGAAGCACAAGAGGCAAUCACAGUAUAAAGAAAAUCAAGACGGAGAAGUUAGUUUUUCUAUCAGUUCGCUUCCAGAGGACAAAGGCGAGGAGUCAUCACCAUUUACCCAACCCGUAGAAGCAUCAGGGACUUAUUUAGAGAGUAAAAACUGCGCCGAGCAAGCAAGGAAACAAAUUCAACACACACUUAGCAAAGAACUCCAAAACCUGCAGGACCUGACUGUAUGCGGCGGCGACGGAAAAGCCAAGAGCCCCUUCUACGUGACAGCCAAUGCUGAAAACGGGUUUACAAUAGGCCAGACUUGUAGCUCUGGUCUGGACACUCUUAGUUCAGAGGCCCUCGAAUUGGUCCCCCUCGCAGAUUUAAACAUGUUUUCUUCGGAUUCCUAUCUGCCGUUCUCCGAUGGAUUAUCUCCCAGCUUGCAGGGUUCCAUCGACAGUCCUGUGGAUAUCCCCGAGGACAGCUUUGAUUUUUUCCCCAGCGCUCUCUGCACAAUAGACUUGCAACACCUUAAUUAUCAAUAGCAAUUCUCAAGCUCUAGGGCCCGUGUACAAAUUCAGCCAUGUUUAAAAAUAUGUUCAGUAUUUCCUAUUUAAAUUACAAUAAUGUGGAAUAUUAAAGAAAAAUAUAGAAUUUAUCUCACAGUAAAUAAUUUAUCCAUCAGCCUUGACCUGGAGUCUACAAGAAUUGCUGUCUUUAUUGCACAGGUAUUUAAACAAAUACAAUUUUAUUCAGUUUCAGUUUCCUAAACUAUGUUAAAAUCGUGAAAAAAAAUUGUAGAUUCCCCUUAUUCACUAACUCAGGAAAACUUAAACGGGAAUUGUAUUUAUGGCAAAACUGCUUUAUCUAAUAGGUCCCAAAACAAUACCUGAUUUAUUUUAUGUUUUAGAAGUAGCCUAUUUAUUAUAAGCUCCGAUAUAGUGAAUUUUAAAUUAUUUAUUGUACAUUAUUUUCAUAGUUUAAAUAAAACGACUUAAUUCUUUAAUGAAA